AUGCAGAAGAUCUUAAACAACCUUAUGGACAUUAUCAAACAAGAAUUACUACAAGCAGCACACUCACACUUAGGACAUGAAACUCACAUAGCACAACCAACAUGUAGGUGUGAUAUGUGCUUACCAACACCCUAUGAGAUUAAGAUUGAGAGGUCAGUGACAAAAAAGCAGGGUGAUAUUAAGGUUCUGAAGAGUAUAGUAUUAUGGGCUGCAGCAGAUGGUGUAUUGGAUUCGUGGGGGAUUGAGAUGGUUCUUCAAAAUGUUUCUUUAUCUCUUCAUGAAGAUGACAAUUUUCAGGGACACAUGUUAUUUGGUCUUCACUCUCUCCUGCUCUUGUUAGCAAGGAAAUUAGAAGAACUAGGGCAUGAAAUAUAUUCAGAUGGCUGUAGCUGCGGUUGGGACACAUCACAGUUACCUGAAUCACAGCACAGUGAUAUCCAUAGAUAUACAUCAGGCACUGUUGUCAGAUGGGUUCAGGGAGAAUGCUACGUGCUCUUGGCAUCAACUGAGGCUGAGGCAGAAAUGUACCAUGACACAGAGCAAGAAGGACAGGCAGAUGAAGACCAAGAGGGGAAACAUGAAGGAGGCAGGGACAGCAUAGAAGACUCCUAUGCACAAGAAUAUGCGAGCAGUGAGAAGGAUAGUGUCCAUGACAACAGUCAUCUUGACCAAGAAAGAUGUGAUGACAACCACUUCAAAGACCAGGAAGAGUCUAUUUCUCCCAGUGCUUCUAGCUGCAAAAGCUCAAAGGAAAGAGAGGAUUUGGCAAGUGGAGAGGAAAAUGAAGAGAGUGAAGACUGCUUGUGCUCUUCCUCAGCAGUACAUGACACAAACACCCCUGUAAAUAUGACAGAUUACAGAGUUGAGAGGAAUAGUAUCAGUGAUGAUGAGACUAAUAAACAAAAACAGGGAGACUCACAAAAUAUACCUGGUAACUGGUCAGGCUGCCAGGUUCAUUCAUGUAGUGUUAAGGAGAAUAAAUACAAAAAGGAUAUGGUUCAUAAAAUGAGCUUUGAGACAUUUCAAAAAUCAGCUGAACAUGAAGCCAUAGAAGAUGAAUAUGAAGACCAAGGAAAGAAUCAACCUGACAGAGACGAAUCAGCAGAUCUUUCCUAUGAAGGAGAAGACUUGCAAAAAACUAGUGUCAUUAAACAGGAAGUAGAAAAUCUAGAAGAGAGUAUUUCUCCAAAUUCUGAUGCUACAAAUGAAUUUUCAGAAGGAGCUGGCCAUGAGAUCAAUGAUGAAGAACAUGGUGAUAUCAGAGCAGAAGUUGACUUACCCUCACUUGAAAACCAAAAAUUCCCAUUGCAGAAAACCAACAGUGGUAAUGAGGAGAUUAGAAGUUACUUGGAAAAUGAAAGUUUAGAAGAUUAUAGAGACAAUAGAAUAUACAAAGGAGCAAUAAGAAAAACUUCAGUUAGUCAGCAGGAAGAGAAUAUUGCUGAAGAAAAUGAGAAAGGAGAAAGCACUGAAGACAUGGAAUUUGAGAACAGAGAUUAUGUUGUAUUCAAUGAAAGCAAAAGUGAUAAUGAAGCAACAAGUGAUAAUGAGAUAAAUGAUGAAAUGGCAAGUGAAACAGCCAUGAGUGAAGAUGAAAUGAGAGAGCCUGAGCCUGACCACAUGGAUCACCUUCAAGAACAGCCUGAAGUUAUUGGUCCACCAGAGUCUAAUAGAGAGCCUAGCUUAAGAGAAGGCCUGUGUGAAGACAGCAUUGAUGGGGAUAACAGCUGUACUCUCAUCAUCCAUGAGGAGGAGACGGUUGAGGGCCUCUCCAGCUCACACUUCCAAAAGGAUGGAGAUUCACAAGAGAACAUGAAUUGCAUUUUAGAGGAUAGAACUAAUAGGAUAUUGAAUGCUCAUGAAGAUGCACAGAGUUCAGAUGCAGUUGAUAUUCCCUUUGGAUAUUGUUCAGUGCUCAAGGAUAAAAAAAUGGAAAUCUUUGGCCUGCAGGACCAGACCAGUUUGUGCAAUAGCAGCGCCUUACAGUUACAGAAAAAGGAAAGUAAGGGGAACUAUGUAGCUGAACAGCAAAAUGAGUUUGAGGAUGAUGAUGAAAGCGAUGAUGACUCCAGUUCUGUCACUUCCAGUAGCUCCUCAUCAUCUUCCUCCUCUUCUAGCUCUUCAUCAAGUAGUGAUGAUGAUGACAGGAUAAGUUUCAAACAGAGAGUGGAAAGAGCUGCCCAGGCUGCCAGAGACCAAGCUGCACGGGAAGCAGAGGCAUCAGCAGCUGCUCUAAUGUCUGCUCUGACAAAUGAUCAUGUGCCAGACCAGAGCACAGACAUGCAAAUCAAGGAGCAGUUGACUGAACCACCAAUACAACCUCAAGAGUUACCAGGUCAGACCAAGCCGGAUAAUACACCAAUAAUAGAGCACAUGGAUUCAGACUCGGCAAGAUCUUCUCCCUCAGAAGACAUGGUCCAGCACAACGAAGACACAGUAGCUGCCACGGCUACAAGCUCAGUUUCCCAUGUGCAGCACAAGGUCUAG